AUGGAAUCCCCGGAGAAACCCACACCCGCGGAGUCACCGUGCCACGCCGUCGUCGGCAAGCUCCUGUACAAACGCAUCGGAGCGCACCCGAUCACGGUGCUGGCGGAAACGGACUGGUGGCGGAAGUACCUGGGCAAGCACGAGUCACUCUUUAACAUCGCCGAACCGGUCAAGUGCGACGAGCGUUCGCGGAAGGUACGCCAGGAGGGGAACGAGUUUUACCGCCGGCAGCGGUAUCGAGAGGCGCUGGGGCGGUAUAAUGAAGGUAUUUGUUACGCGGAGGUCGGGUCGCCGGAACUUGGGUUGGGGUACGGGAAUCGAUCGGCUGUUUAUUGGGAGCUGGGAGAGUACGAGUUGGCGUUGGCGAAUAUUGCGCUGGCAAGGGGGAAUUGCUAUCCGGAGGGGCUUGAGGGGAAGCUUCGCGAGCGGGAGCGGAAUUGCCGAGAUAAGUUGGAUGGUGGGCGUUCGCUGGGGGCGGUUCCCUGUCCGAGGAUGGGGAUCAAGAUUCCGUUUAUGGCGGCACAGAUUCGGAUGGAGAUUUUUCCGGAGCUGGGACGAGGUUUUUGUGCUGAGCGGGACUUCCGGCCGGGCGACGUUCUGCUGGACGAGAAGUCGAUGAUGGCGGUUAUUGAUAGCGGGUUGCGGUACUUCAACUGUAGCUGGUGUUCCAACGCGAACUUUCAUAGCUUGAUUCCGUGCUUGGAGUGCGUUUCGUACAUGUACUGCUGCGAAGAAUGUCGCGAUCGUGAUCGUGAGACUUGCCAUCGGUUCGAGUGUGGCAUUGGUGGGAAGUUGCGCGAGUUUGCCUUCUCCAACACGAUGUUCGGCCCGAGGAUGUUCUUUUACGGGCUGAGCCUGUUCAAGGACGACGUCUGGCAGAUGAUGGAGUUUUGCAAGACGAACGCUCGAACGGCAGGAAACCCGCUGUCGAUUGACUUUGCCAACGAUGAUCGCGUCCAGGAGUUCAAGGAGUUUGUCAAAGCGGCGCCCGUUGGCCGUACACGCAACCUAUUCGUAUUCCGGUUCUGCGCGGCCAUGUACGACGUACUUUUCGGGAAGCAUCCGUUGGUGAAAUCGCUCAUCCGCACCAAGUCGCAGAAGCGCUUCAUGAUGAACUCCUUCCUCGAGUUUAGCGAGUUGGCGAUCAACCUCGCGUACAGCAGCGAUCCGGACGGCGGCUUGGUUGUCAACAUGUUUUGCUCGCUUGCCUCCGUCCUGAACCACUCGUGCGAUCCGAACGCGGUCAUCGUGCUGGACGCCGGCCGCGUCAAGAUUGUCGUGCUGCGACCGAUUCGCCCAGGCGAACAAAUCUGCAUCACCAACGGGCGUACGUUCUGGACCGCGGAAUCCGUUGAAAUGGACGAGGAAUUCGACUUCGCCUGCCGGUGCGUCGUUUGCAACCCCGAGACCCACGCCGAGUGGCGCGCCCAAGGCCAGGAGCUCCCACCGAAGGCCGUUCAGCAUUGGCGCGUGCUGGAAAGGGUCAUGCAAGCGGAGGCGAACGACGCGGCCAAACCGAACGCGCUGCAGCAGUACGUUCAGCGGUACGCGUACCUCCAUCCGAACCCGGAGUGGGCGGUCGCGCUGAAAGUCUACCACGGAACGCUGCGCAUGAUGGUCAAGAGGGAGAAUGAGGCGCUGGCGAGGGCGGUGGCGCUGGCCGUCGCUGACAACUGA